UUCUUACUUAUAAUCAAUUAUUUUAAGUCGCUGAACAGAGUGAAGUUGGCCAGUAUAAAUAGAGCUGGGAAAGUUUCCCUCAAAAUUUACCCACAAUGCUGUCGCUAAUGCUAGUUGUGUCGGCUGCUGCCAGUCUUGCUGUUCUACAAGUCGAUGCUCAAAGUCGAUCCUACAGGUGUCAAAGUCGUGAAGGGAGACAACCCAACUUCUCGGAUGACUCGUGCGCAACUUUCUUGGUUUGUUCCAAUUACUCUGGACAGCUGCGACGGUGCAGAGGUGGGCAGCAAUAUGACUUUAGUUCUCAGUCUUGUAAAGCCGACUCCGAGGUUGCUUGUCAGCAACAACUUAGAAAUCGGCCAAGCAAUCCAAGCUCGACACCCACAUCUCCUCCAUCCACUGAAAACAGCAGAGAGUCUGCAAGAUCCAAUACUCUCCUCACUCUUCUCAAUGCUUUGUUUCCCCAGCAGGCGAAUAACGGGGGCAUUGUGGGACUUCAGGGGAACAUUCCACCAGGCAUACUUCCGGGAGGACUUCAGGGCAUCGUUGGAGCCGGACCUCUUGGAGUUCAAGGUGCUGCUCCUCAAGCUCCAAACCAAGGACUUUUUCUGAAUUUUUUGGGCAACAACGCAAACGCGGGAUUAGGAGCUCAAGCAGGGGGCAUUACAGGACUUGUACAGUACAAUAAUCUUCAAGGCGGUGCAUUAGGAAACCAGUUAGACAAUGAUCUGUUUGGUGGAGUAGUGGAUCAAAAUGUGAAUGUAGUUAACGCCAAUGGGCAAAGAGCAAAAGCACUCAAUGGGCCAGCAUUCUCCCCUUCUCAAAAACCAAACAACUUUGUUCCUAAUUUCAACCAGAAUUCUCCAUAUAUACCAAUACUGAAUCAAGUUCCACAGAGCUUUUUGCCAAACACUCCAGUAGCACAAGCGUUCGCCGGAAACCAGAUCCCACAAAGCCAGACACAAUAUACAUCAGAGUCGCAGAUACCUAAUCCAUCCGACUCUCUUGAACAGGAAACAAAACCUCAGCUGACUGUUACUUUCAGCCAGCUACCACAGCCGCAGUCGCCUGACAUUUACAGUCAGGUUCCACAAUAUCAACCGCCAUACACAGCAGAGAGUUUUAAUCAAUUUCCCCAAAGUCAAUUUUCUGACACUCCACAAAGCCAGUCACAGUAUGGACCUGUCAGGUUGAACGAAGUACCAAAAGAAACUACUUACAACAAUGUGCCUCAGCUGAGUGGUAUAUUGAAAUAAUUCAUCAGGUGACACUCAAUCCGCUGUCAAUCUCAUAUUUAUUUGGUAUUUCAUGUUGAUGCUUAUCUAUAGUAGAAAUUGUGUGUCAGUACUAUUAUAUAACAACUAUUUAGUACACUUGAGACUAGGUCGGUUAAUCUCGAGGUUAAAAACCGAAUAGUCAAGUUUUUUUCCUUAAAGUGAGUAGUAUGUACUUGAGGUAAUGUUAUACAUUCUGACUGAUGCAUAAGACUAAAUCUACUUCCACUUAGCAGUAAUGUAGUCAUUGUGUUACUUCAUAACUUAAAUUUCAGCAAAGUAACUGUGGAAUGACAACUUAUUUAGAUUCAGCAGAGUUCUAUAAAUAAAGGGGAAAUGCCGAAAAUAAAAUACAAAUGUUUGAUAGGGCUUGCAGUUUUUCGCGCAUGGUGGUGGUCAGGUUGGGAAUCUGUCCAAAAGCGUUCUUAGCACCUGGGAGAUAAAAGGAAUACGUGCAUGAACUUUGAUGAGGCUAUAGGUGCCCGAUAGUUUGAGAUCUCGUAAUCUCUGAGUGGUACUUUCGACUAUAUACAGUAGAUAAUAUACACACUGGCAAACAUCUAAAUAAACCAGAUUAAAUUGCUUUUUUUUGUUUUUUUAAUCUAUUCUCAGUAUGAGAUUCAGUUAUUAUAGAUGUAUUUGACGAUUUUGAAAAGCAUGACAAACUUGAAGGAAUUUUGAUGUUAGCAUUAUUAUUAUUUAUUGAAGUUGAUGUCAUUAUUUGUGAUCUAUUGGAUAUUAUUAAAGUAUUAUUGUU